GUUUAAGAUGGAAGAUUUCUCCAUGUACAACAUCCCAUUUGCAUCAAUUGACUGGCAUUCCAUACAGCCGACAUUCUUUGAUGAAAACAAUCCGAGUAACAAACAACUUCCAAGCGAGGUUCAGACAUCCAUGAACUCACUCGAGGAUUCAAAUCAAGAGAAUACGAGGCCAGUUUCGGCAUAUGCAAUGUUCUUCCGAGAGCGACAAAUGAUCGUGAAAAAAUCGUUCCCAGAUGCAACUUUUGGUAAUAUUUCAAAAAUCGUUGCAGCCGAAUGGGAUUCCCUUGAGAAACAUGAGAAAGAGGCUUAUAAGCGUCGUACGGAGCAGUUACGAAAGAAACACAUCAAAUUGGCUGUGGAAGAACGAUUACAACGAAUCUGCAGAAAUCACACCAAAACAGGUGAUUCAUCUCUAGCCAAGGAGUUACGGCAAAAACGAUCUGCAAUUGCACUCAAGGGACGUCCACUCUCACUGAAGAACUCAAAUUUGUAGUUAAAGAACUUGUACACAUUGUAUUUGUGACACUUUUAUACAUAAAUGAAAAAC